CUUCCAGCCGCACGACAUGCCUACGCCCCGGCGAACGACUUAGCGGCACGUCAUGGCGUCGCCGAAUCAGCCCAGCGGUGCAAGUGCGGAGCCCAACAGCGAUGACCACGGGAAGAAGGAGAAGGCCGAGACGCCCGGUGAGGGCCAUGGCCUCUUCCACGCGCAGCGGCUGCGCGACAUGGCGGCGGAGCUGCGACAUAUCCACGACAUCACCGCGGAGCUGCCCACCUUCCACGACGUGGCAACGGAGCUUUCCAGUAAGGCCACGGAGCUCUCCGCCAAGGCCCAGGCCACGGCCACGGAGCUCUCCGCCAAGGCGCAGCAGACGGCCACGGAGCUGUCCGCCAAGGCCCAGGCCACGGCCACCGAACUGUCGGCCAGGGCGCAGGCUACGGCCACCGAGCUCUCUGCCAAGGCUCAUGAGCUGUCUGACUCGAUCUUCAAUCACAUGUUUCGCUAUGAGUCUGCGGUGCAAGCCAGACGGAGAGCCUUGAUGCUGGUGGAUGUGCUCGUGGAACGCCCUUGCGCGGGGCGCCUGAAACGCCGCUGGGUGUUACUGGCCACCUGCGUGACCUUUUGUUAUCUGCGCUACGUGCUGCCGGUGCUCACCUGUUGGGGUUCCAGACAUUGGGAGCAGAGCGUGGACGCCAGCGAGUUUGAGGAAACGGUGGGAGGCCAUAACUCCCACGUGAGCUUUGCCGUCCUCUUCCUGGUAUCCAUUGGUUACCUUUCGAUGCUCCAUUGCUCGGCACGAUUGAUGGAGGCGAGGUUGCCGAUUCAGAGCAGUAUUUUUGAGAUGCUGGUGGUGUACAACAUGACCCAGAUGCUCUUCAAUGCCUUUGUCAGCAGUCAACUUCUACGCGAAGCUUGGGCGCAAGGCUUCAAAAGACCCUGGGGAAAUGUCUUCACCUACACGAAGGAAAGCCACCGCUUGGGCUACUUCAUCUGGCUGCACUACCACGGCUGCCAACUGGAACUGCUUGACACGCUUUUUAUAGUCAUUCGCAAGAAGUUCCAAAAGAUCACCUUCCUCCAUGUCUGGCUGCGACUGCUGAACAUGUGGGGCUGGUUUUUCGCUUGCCGCUACGCGUGCGGCGGCGACACCUAUUUUCCCGCCUCCGUCAAUGCUGCCACCCGUGCGGUGGUCUACGCUUUUUAUAGUUGGUCCUUGCUGACGGACCUGGGAGUUCCGCUGGUGCAGAAGGCGCACAUCACGGAGCUCCAGAUGUUUCAGUUUGCCAUUUGCGCCUGUCACGCUUUGUUUUGCAUGUACAAUUUCUGGAAUAUGCAGAUUCCCAGAAUCGUCUUAGUGAUCUACUUCAUGGUGAUGCUGAAUGGCUUGAUGCUCUACACAGACUUCCACUACCAGGUGGAAGGUAAGAGUGAGGCCAAGGUACAGACUGUCCGCAAGGUGAGUAUAGCCUUUGACUCCAGCGGAUGGAUGUAUUGCUAUCACUUCGGUGUGGCUGCGUGGUUGCGAGAGCACAUGAUGCCUGAAGACCUUACCACAGAGGCAGGGACUGGGAGUGGUCAAGACGGAAGGAAAA